AUGAAGAAAGUACUAAAACUCAAUACAAAGCAAGAGCGAGAGAUCUCGAAGCUUCGACAUCUCAUUGAUCGCAUCCAGUCCGAACGGAAACUACUGGAGCAUCAAGCGAUCUCCAAUCGCGACUAUGCCAAGAAGAUCGAGCAUCGUUUCUUCAUGGGCACUAAGGGCCAGUCGUUAGUUCAGUGCAAUCUCGAGCUCAAUUGUCGUCUACGGACGUUAGAAACGUCGCUAAAGAAGAAGGACGAGGCCUUACAACAGAGCCAACUAGAACGAGAAGAAGCUCGAGACAAACUCUCCAUCGUCCAACGAGCGUUAGACACCCGACUCGAGUCGUAUGCACUUAACGGCUGUCUCCACACGGGUCUUCUAUUUGAGAUCUCCAAGCUACAAGAUCACAAUGAAGCGCUAGCUCUGCACCUCGCUCAAGAGCGGAAAGUCGUGUCGACUCUACGCACGCAGCUUGAGAACUCGCAGAAGCGGGAAGAAGAACUUGAAGACGCUCGAACAAUGCGAGAGUCGUGGAUGGCUACAUUGGAGAAGGAGCGCGUUGCUCUGGACGAGAAGAUGGCGCAACUUUCAGGCGACGUACAGACCGCAGCGUGUGAGAAGACGACGCUGCUUCGGUUUAUCCACGAACAGGCCGAGACCAAGUUCCAGCUCGAAGCGCGACUUACAGACGAACAGACUCAGCGGCGACAAGAAGCAGAACGAGCUCAACACGCGUCAAGAGUGUGGGAAGAGGAGAAGCAGCAGCUCAAUGAGAGUCUCCAGACUGCACGACAAGAGAGUCAACAGCUGAGAGAAGAGAGCGAACGUGUUCUCGUUACACUUCGAGAGCAACAAGAAGCUCAUUCUUCGUUGCAAUGUCGAGAGCAAGAAGUGCAGCUAGAGCUACAGACUUGUAAGAAGUUUGAGGGCGAGUUCUUGGCUGCGAAAGAUGUUUGUCGCCAGCUGCAAGAGACGAUUGAGCAGCAGGAAGAACGUGGCUGUACGUUGCGUGUAGAAAUCGAAGCAUUGGAGACUUCUCGACGCGAGUUACGUGACCAACUCGAGACGAAGCAGUCGGAGGAGCGAGCACUUCGACAAGCUAUGGAGAGUGCGCUACAGGACCUUGCAGCGCUGUCAAAGCAGCGUAACGAAGCGACUAAAGCCAUGAGCGAAGCUGUCACGAUCAGUGCGUCUUCCCUCGAAGAACAACAAGCUCUGGAGCAGCAACGCGAGUCAAACACGUCAAUCUUCCAGUAG